CUCCGUUGUUUUUCGACACUCACGUCCCAAACAGUCAUGUACACCGGGCAUGGUGAACGGACGGAUCAUCACUGCGUCCCGUGCAUAUCGUCAGGCGGUCUGACUCUCCCAGCAAUAGCAUCGUGUGUUGGCGAUGGGCUGCCAAUGUCCAAUGGUAGGAUGAACGACGGUUCCACUUGCGAAAUCCCCCAAUUCCACUUCUCCAUCGCACAACCUUUGAGUCAUCUCCAUCCGUCCAUUCUUGACUAUUCCAACAAACGCAGCCAAGCAUCCGGUUUUUUGCUCAACGCACAGCCUGCCGUGUUGCAACCUCGUCUAGCAUGCCCCGGCACCAGGCCAACAUCUCUCCCGUGCUCAGCGUCCGAAAUUAACAUCUUGCCCGACUGGGAAUGCCUAAGUCAACAAGGACGUACCCGUAUCAAUUUCCUGCAAGCCACCCGGCGAUGGCUCCGAAAAGCAGGAAUGGGAGCAUGGCAUUUCGCAAAAGCCCAAGGUCUCCAAAAAUUUCCACCAUCUUCCAGGCUCGUACAGUGUUAGCGCACCGGUUUCUCAUAUUGUUUCCG